AUGGCGAACACCGCCCUCAACUUCAUCACCUUCAACCAGGACCAUAGCUGUCUGGCCGUCGGUACAUCCAAAGGCUUCCGCAUCUACCACACCGAUCCGUUCUCCAAAAUCUUCAGCAGCGAUGACGGGAACAUCGCCAUAAUCGAGAUGCUGUUCUCGACCUCUCUUGUGGCCUUGAUCCUCUCGCCGCGACACUUGAUAAUACAAAAUACAAAGGUGGGCGCUUCUCUCGCCGUGCAAUCAACUCAUAGGUCUUCGGUCAUCUGCGAGCUCACCUUCCCCUCCGCCGUGCUUGCUGUGCGUCUGAACCGUAAACGUCUCGCCGUCGUCCUCGAGUCUGAGAUCUACCUUUAUGACAUCUCCAACAUGAGCCUCCUCUUCACGAUCCCCACGUCUCCGAAUCCGGGUGCCAUCUGCGCCCUGUCGCCCUCCUCGGAGAACUGCUACAUUGCGUACCCCCUGCCGAAGCCCCGUGAAGACUCGGGCGAUAAAAGGCCAGCCCAUGCGCCUCCUCUGUCGACAUACGUUGCGCCGACGUCUGGUGAGGUUUUGGUUUUUGACACGCUUACCCUAAAGGCCGUGAACGUCAUCGAGGCGCAUCGUUCGCCCCUCUGCUGCAUCUGCCUCAACAGUGAAGGAACGCUCCUGGCAACGGCGAGUGAGACCGGCACCAUCAUCCGUGUCUUCUCGGUCCCCGGAGGCCAGAAGCUGUACCAGUUCCGCCGGGGAACCUACCCCUCCACCAUUUACAGCAUGUCCUUCAACCUCAGCUCCACGCUUCUCUGCGUCUCCUCGACCUCCGACACGGUCCACAUCUUCCGUCUCGGAGCCCCCCCGCCAGGGAACAACUCGGCCGCAGCCGCCGCCGAGUCGCCGGCGUCGCCUCGCCAGGAUCGCUGGUCCAGGUCGCGUAGUUACGACAGUGCCAACGAGUCGCCUGUGGGCAGCGCAGCAGGGUCUCCGAGAAGCGAUCUGGCCGAGCCCGCCGGGCCGAGCAACGGCGGCGGCGGCAGCGCGCAGCAGGCCAACAGGCGGCAGAGCGGCUCGUUUAGCAGCAUGCUCCGGCGCUCGUCGCAGAUAAUGGGUCGCAGCGUGGCCGGUGUCGUCGGCUCGUACCUGCCACAGACCGUGACGGAGAUGUGGGAACCCCUGCGCGACUUUGCCUACAUCAAGAUCCCAAAGUCGUCCAACUCGCCGACGGGGCCGGUGCGAGGCGCCAACAACGCGAGCGGAUCACAGCUGCCCAGCGGGCCGUUGCGGAGCGUCGUGGCCAUGAGCAGCAGCAGCCCUCAAGUCAUGGUCGUCACCAGCGACGGCGGCUUCUACGUGUACAACAUUGACAUGGAGCACGGCGGAGAGGGCUACCUGGUGAAGCAGUUCUCAGUGAUUGAUGGCGACGACAAGCUGGACGCGUCGUCUUACGGAACGUAA